AUGUCUCAUGAGAAUGACAAGGAGUCUGAACCCAAGGAGCCUGAGCCUGAGGACUCUGAGCCUGAAGAAUCUGUGACGGGAGAAUCUGAGCCUGGAAAGUCUGAGGUUGGGGACUUUGAGAUUAAAGCAUCUGAGGAUGGAGAGUUUGAGGUUGAGGAUAAACUUGCAGCAUCAGAAAAAUAUGAUGAUACCAGAAUUCAGCGUCCCAUAAGAGUGUUUCCAGAGACUUUUCAGACUAGAGGUGAAGCAUCUAAACUACAACCACCCCCUAAGGACCAGGAAACACUCAGUGAAGAGGUGGAGCAGAGUGAUGAAAUCACCUCCAUCUCUGAUGAAUCAAGCUCUGAAAAACAACCAAGUGAAUCCGAAUCACAAAUUGAAGACCCAGGUUCUCUAUACCUGAAAGAAAUGCAUGAUUCAGAACAGUCACUCACGUUUUUGGAUCAAAUCAAGGCUGCAAAAGAAUCUUUGAAAGCAUCGAUGGAAAAUUCUAUGGCAAUAGUAAAAGUUGUGCUUUUUCCUGUGGGCCAGGAAAUUAUAAGGCCUUUUAGAGUUGACUCCAAUUUAUUAAACCUAAAGGACUAUUUUUCAAAACUAUUAAAUAUUCCACUACAUGUUCUACAGAUAAGAUAUGCUGGACAUGUUCUUAAAAGUGGUGAGACUUUACUACAAUAUGGAGUUAAGCCCCAAGAUGUUAUUCAAAUGGAAAUAUUUUCUACUGAACCAGCUAUGUUCCCAAUCAAAACAAUACAUAAAUUAAGUCAAGCUUCUCGAUUCAUAACUGUCAAAGUACAAAUAGGUGUUGCUCAGUACCAGGAGGUAGCUGUUGAAAUUGUAAAAUCUAAUUUUCACAAACCGUUUCUUGGUGGAUUUAGACAUAAGCUAACAGGACAAGAAUAUCAUAAUGCUGGAACACAAACUGUACCUAAAAAGAGACCUGAAAAAUCCAAUCUAUUUUCUAGAGAUACCCAGACAGUUGGUCAGAGAAAAAUGCUCCUACAAACUACCUGUCCAGCAUCUACACAGAUGACUAAAAUUGGUGUAUAUGUAUCAAAUAUUAGUGAUAAACUAAUAACACCAAGAAAAUAUUUUUCAGCAGAAGAAUAUCAUGCUAAAAGAUUAAAAGCGAUAAUAGUGAUACAGACUAACUAUAGACGAUGGCAUGCUAAAAGAGUGGUAGAGGAUUUAAGAAGACAAAAAAAUAUAAGACUGGAAUGGGAAGCUGAGGAAAAAGAAAAGAAACAAAGAGAAAAAGAAAGAUUGAAGCAAUUGGACUAUAUAAGACGACAUAAUCCUAAAACAAAAGAAGAUUUUGAACUGCUUUAUAAUGCCCUAGAAUCCUGGCGGCAAGAAGAAAUUUUAUGCAUUAACAAAUGUUUAACUGGAGCUGAAAGGAAAACUGCUUUGUGUGAACUUCUGGAAAAAGAGACCCAGAUAAUUGCUUCCAUUGGAAGAUACAGAGAAAAUGCUUUUAUGGAAAGAGAAAGUACAGCACUACAAGUUUUUCUGGAAAAGUGUGCAUUGCCAAAGACACUAAGAACAAAUGAUGGAAAAUUAAUUGAGAUAGAUACACAAUUCACCAUCAGAGCCAGAGAGUUGCACAGCAUCUAUAAUUGCAUUAUGCUGAAUAAUCUGUCUCAAGAUGAGAGGUUGGAUGUUCUCUUAACAGUUAAGCAUACUGUGAAGGAACAUGAAUGUAAACUGACUCAUGACAUUCUAGAAUUGAUUGACAGAGAGGUUGACCUUAUGAUGCGAGGAGUCAAACAUUGUAACCUUGAAGGACUUAGAAAAAGAAUUGCAACACUUUUUUUACAUUACAUCAAGACACCCAUGUUCAAUCCUGAAGUUGCAAGACAUCUUAAGGUCCCACCAGAACCGAUGCAAUUUUAUAAGAAGAUUUACUUUUGCAACAGUUGCCACCUCUAUUUGCCUUCCACGGACUUUCCUAUAUCUUCUACUUCACAUCACAUAAACCGAUGUCAUAAAUGCAUUAACCUUGAAAAUGAGAGUCUAAAACGAGAAUCAUUUUUGAAGUAUAAAUGUUUACUUAAACGGCUCUACUAUUCAGAAGCCAGUUAUGAUGACGAUUCUAAAAUUGCUUUUCUGAUGCAGCUACCUGAUAUUCAGUAUCUGAUAGAGAACAUCUGGUCAUCACAGUCAAUUCUCAGCUCCUGUACUGAAAUCAAUGAAAUGGUCAUGGUCAGAUGGGACAAGUCCAUGGAGUGGUCUCCCUGGAAUUGCAUUCUUCUUACUAAACAUGAAAGCAUUGCUCAUCUCAAGCUAAAAAAUAUUGAAGAGGGAUAUAGACCUUUGUUUAUUCACAAGGUCAAACACAAACAUAUCCUAGCUAUAAACUACUUUUCUCAAGUUCCAGCCCUGGCUUCAUUUAUACUGAAGGAUGAAGAAGUCAAAGAUAUUAGAAGCAAAUAUAAAAAGAAUUCGAAACCUACCAUUUUAGAGGCCAAAGAACUUAAAAGUGCUUAG